AUGCCAAGCUCAUGGCUUUUUUUAUUUUGUCUCACCGUCAUCCUCUCUUCCUCUCUUUUGCUUGUUUGCUUUGAUACAUUUUGCUAUCAUUUUUCUGCCAGAAUCUAUAAAUACCAGGCCCAUGGCUAUGCCUUCAGCUCAGUAGAAGAGCUGCUGCACUCUCUCGGGGGUUCAGGAUUUAUCAACAUGACCCGCCGCUCGCUUUCCGAGUCUCUGUUAGAGCUGGGCGUCUCCCAGCGCUUCAUUGAUGAAGUCAUAGCCCCGAUCAUGAGGGUCAACUACGGCCAGAACAUCAGCAUCCCUGCAUUUGUUGGUGCUGUGUCUCUAGCUGGUGCACAGGCCAAUCUGUGGGCUGUGGAGGGAGGAAACAAGCUGGUUUGCUCGGGACUGCUUAAACUAGCAAAAGCUAAUCUCAUCCAAAGUCCAGUUACAACCAUUACCCUCCGAUCAACAGGAGAUUACCACCAGUAUGAACUCACCUACGACUCUCAAAAUGAAAAGUCAUCAGAGCUCUAUGACAUUGUAGUAGUAGCGACGCCUCUCCAACAAAACAUCAACUCGGGCAUCUCAUUCCAGGGCUUUGAGCCACAACUUCCAGAAAUAGCGGGCUCCUACCACCAAACUGUGGCCUCCAUCAUCCACGGCUACCUAAAUUGCACUUACUUCGGCUUCCCCGACCCAAAGCUUUUCCCAUUUUCCAGCAUCCUGACCACAGACACUCCCGGACUUUUCUUCAACAGCGCCGCCAGUGUCUGUCCAGUCAACAUAACCUCCGGCUUCCGCCGAAAGCAGCCUCAAGAGGCCGGAGUCUACAAGGUCUUUUCCCCAAAACCUCUGGAGAGGAGUGAGCUGAAGACACUUUUUAAGUCCUACUACUCAGUGCAGGUCACAGAUUGGUUGGCGUAUCCUCACUACGGAAGCACCCAGGGGUUGCCACCGGUAGUGCUGCACGAAAACUUGUACUUCCUGAAUGGAAUCGAAUGGGCUGGGAGUGCGAUGGAGAUGAGCUCAGUGGCAGCUAAGAAUAUAGCACUGUUGGCCUACCACCGCUGGAAUAGACAAUUGGAAAUGAUUGACCAGAAAGACCUCAUGCACAAAGUGAAGACAGAAUUGUGACGCACCCCGUAUGUCAUUAUAAAGACACUGUGAAGUAUGAUAAGAGGGAUUAUACUUGUCAAACCUGUUAGAGACAAAGUAAGCAAACAGCAUGUUUUCGAAUUCCACACAACAUGACUUAUGUUUUAGUUUUCCGUUUUUGAUGCAAGAUGCAAAAAGGUUGCAUGUCUGCUUGUCUGUCAGAUGUUUGGUGAAAGUGAACAGCAGUGUGGUCGCAGGCUAAACGCUCGAUCUUUAUCAGACGGCGGUAAUGCAUGGGAAGUGUUCUCCAUUACUUACCAACUUGAUGCUUCUGUAAGCUCACUUAUCAUGAGCUAAUAAUGUGAUAAAGUGAAAAAUUGUGUGAAGAGAUGUGAAAGUAAUU